GCCGACGUAGACCUCUUCAUAUGGAAGGAACACGUUCCCUUCGUGAUGAACCCAAUUACUACAUUGAUGAUCCAACUUUAAAUACCCAGGCUGGGAGGACUAGAUAUCAAAAAGAGACUGUGUCGGAUAGUGAGGAGGAAAAAAAUGGUCGAUCGCCAGUGGCCAAUGGUCAGAUAGCUGCGAGAAGCCAUGAACCAUCCCCGGUUUCUACUGCGAGUGCUGUCUCUCCCACCAUUGAGGUUUCAUUUGUGAGAAAAUUGUCCUUAAACGAUGGUGCCCAAAAUACGGUCAUCAAAGAAAGACCACCAGUGCCUGCUCCCUUCCCUGUGUAUUCGGAUGAUGACGAGGACAAUUAUUUAGAUCCAGCUGCAAUAAAUACCCCACCAAGAUAUCAGAUUCUUAUGAACCAGAAGUCAAGUAAAUUUAAUCAUGUUCAGUACUAUAAAUUUAGAGUGGAUGAUCCUCCAAGGAGAAUUGGCCUGAAAAUUCUCAGGCCUCAAAAAAGAGACGAAGAAGAAAAUGGUGAUGAUUAUGAAGAUUUAAAUGAUAUGAAAUAA